AGGGCAGAGCCAGUCUCUGCCGGCGUUGGCUGCACAGUGCGCAGGCGUGUCGGGCGGGUUUCCCCGGGCUACAGCCGGCGCCGCCGCGGCCACCUCGUCCGCGGCCCAGCGCCAUGGCGGGCUGCGUGGCGCGGGCACCGCGGGGCUCCGAGGCGCGCCUCAGCCUUGCCACCUUCCUGCUGGGCGCCUCGGUGCUCGCGCUGCCGCUGCUCACACGCGCCGGCCUGCAGGGCCGCACCGGGUUAGCGCUGUACGUGGCCGGGCUCAACGCGCUGCUGCUGCUGCUCUACCGGCCGCCGCGCUACCAGAUAGCCAUCCGAGCUUGUUUCCUUGGCUUUGUGUUUGGAUGUGGCAUGCUGCUAAGUUUUAGCCAGUCUUCUUGGAAUCACUUUGGCUGGUAUAUGUGCUCCCUGUCAUUAUUCCACUAUUCUGAAUACUUAGUUACGGCAGUCAAUAAUCCCAAAAGCCUAUCCCUGGAUUCCUUUCUCCUAAACCACAGUCUGGAGUAUACAGUGGCUGCUCUUUCUUCUUGGAUAGAGUUCACACUUGAAAAUAUCUUUUGGCCAGAACUGAAGCAGAUCACCUGGCUCAGUGCCACAGGGCUGCUGAUGGUGGUCUUUGGAGAAUGUCUGAGGAAAGCAGCGAUGUUUACAGCUGGCUCCAAUUUCAACCAUGUGGUGCAGAAUGAAAAAUCAGAAACCCAUACUCUGGUGACAAGUGGAGUGUAUGGUUGGUUUCGGCACCCUUCUUAUGUUGGGUGGUUUUACUGGAGUAUUGGAACCCAGGUGAUGCUGUGCAACCCCAUCUGUGGUGUGUGCUAUGCACUGACUGUGUGGCGCUUCUUCCGAGAUCGAACCGAGGAGGAGGAAAUCUCAUUAAUUCACUUUUUUGGAGAGGAGUACCUGGAGUAUAAGAAACGGGUGCCCACAGGCCUGCCUUUCAUAAAGGGGGUCAAGGUGGAACUAUGACAGGCCAGAGGUGGGCUAGACCAGACUGAGGAGCCUUCCUCUCCAAGAAACCCAGGACAGAACCACCUUCAGCUGGUCACUCUGAGGAAUGGAUUUUCUUAGUCAUUUUAUAAUAAUGUCAACAAUUACUCUUGGAAUAUCACUUAAGACCGAAUGGUCAGAAGGCCUCAGGACCAAAGGACUGGCCCCAUUGUCCCUCACCACUCCCCAGAACAAAUUAUUCUUGGGCCAGAUCAAGGUAGGACAUUGAUAAAAGAUGGACAAGGAGCAAAUAACAGCAAUAUUCAGCAGUGCCCCUCCAGAGUGCCCUGGGGAGACUGCUAGUCCUGCACCAUCUCUCACGAGCCAGUGUGUUUGGGUCUUAACCUUGACUCCUGGGAGAGGUGGACUCGCUCUUCGCUCUGAGUAAAGCUCCACAGUAAGAAGGGGGCAUGUGGGAAACAGUGCUACAAGGGUGAGAAAUACAUUCAAGUUCUUAAUUUACUGAAAAACACAGCACAGCUUUAACCUCUUUAUUUCUAUCUUAAGUGCAUGAGCAUCUAUACACUAUUUUAAAGGCAACUCCUUAUAAGACACUUUGGCUCUUAUUAUCAUUAAUCAUAUUUACAUACCUUUUUUAAUUUUUUUUUUUUAUAAAUAGCAGUAUCAAUUCAAAGGGACUCACUUGGAAUUUAUAAACCCCAGCUUUUAUCUGACAGGAAGCUUAAGCACCUCAAGAUGAUUUAACAAAAUGACUUUGUGUUACCAGAGCACCCCAAGUCAGGGAGGCCAGAGACCCCUUUUUCCUAGCAUCUUGACUCCUAUCCUUCCCCCAGAAAGGGGCUGUUAUCAAUGACAGGCAUGUCACAGAUGUGUCAUUUUUCCUUUGUCCCAAGAAAUGCUUAUAAACAUCUACUCAGUGAAAGACACCAUUAAGCACUGAGAAAUACUGCUGUCCAUGAAUUUGAGAUUUUAUUCUUACUCUACCACUGCUUAUAUAUUUUUUGUAUGUUUGAAUUUAAGCCAAUUAAUUAAUUGCUAUGUUCUGUUCUCAAAAACUCCAUCUUCCCUAAUGCCACUUUGAACUAUCUUUUCCAAAGGAAUAUGAGCAUUUCCAGCUAUAAAAUUCCAGUAAGUAGACUCAUAAAAGUCUUGAGUAGAGCAAAUAAUCCCAACUGAGAUUUAGUCAAUAUUUUUGUUUUUUCAAGCUUGAAAAGAGUGACUGGCAUUCUGAGUCAAACAUAAAACCUAGGAGCCUUGUUCAUUCCUUGAGUAGACAGGAACUUGGUCUCGGUGUGAAAGCCUUCAGUGCAGUUAUGCUGCAUCAAUAACGAUGUGAGGAUAUGAAUGCAGCACGGCUCUGUGGCACCACCACAUCAUGCUACGCCACCCCACAUGGCUUUCCAGGAGCCACUUACCUUUCUGUGCCUAGACCUCCCCCAUCUAUGGAAUGGGGUAAUACCAUCUACCUCACAGGGGUGUUGUGAAGACUUAGAAGAAAAAUGUCAAAUGCGUUUUAAUUCUUAAAUGAGAGAGAUGACAUAAAUGAAGUCCACACUGUCUAAGAACUACACAACGGACAGAUGUCUGGCUAAUGGGCACCAGACACUGGAAAUAUGUAUUUAAAAGCAUUUCACAACUCAGAAAUACUAAUUUCUAGAUUCUAUGGCUGAGUUAAAUUUUUUUUUAAGUAUACCAAAGAGGUUUAUGGGUUCUCUGAUGAAUGGUGUGACAUUUGGUAGUGUGAGAACUGGACCCAUGGACAUCAGACUCUGACCCCCAGCUCCUCGGGUAUGAACUUCCCCUCAUGGGGCAUCCAUAAACACUUGCUCAGUCUGAAAAUGGGAGCUGAGCUGGUCUUAAACUUGUUCUCCAAGCCACAAUUACCAAGAUUAAUCUUACUCCACUGAGUAGAACUGCAAAGGGGAGAUGGGCAUUGCUGGGGGCUGGCAGCCAGUCCUAGAUCUUAAAGGACAAGGACUGUUUUGCUGCUUCUAAGCAAAAGCUCAGGAUUGGACUCAGCUUCAUCCUUGCAGGAUGAGUUGACUUUUAACAGAUGGAUGCUCAUGCUUACCCCCUGGCUUUCUGGAUGGUACAGCUAACAAUAAUGGCAUUUCGUGUCCUCUACUUCACCUGCCAGAAGUUAGAAAGGCAGAACCUGGCCUUAGUGUUUAGCAGUGGGAUGCUGCAGUCAACACACCUGUGACUUGAUGCUGUGUUCUGUGCUGUGCUCAAAAAGAACAGUUCCACGGAGAGGGUAAGCAAACAUUCCCACCCUAAGUUGUAAACCUUAGGGUGGAGAUCAGCAAUUACUUAGGGAUAAGAGAUAAACUACUUUAAGGGGAUGAUUUGUAAAGUGAUUGACUUCUAAUACUGAGACCUUCAGAUUAUUUUUAACUUUAUAAAUUUAGUAAUGACAGCAUACAUGACAGCAAAUCAGGUUAAUGAGGUACAGGUUUCUUGGGUAUUCCCUAAAGCUUUUUGGGUAAAAUCUACAUCACCAGUUCCCUCAAAUUAAGAAACUAUCAAGAAAUUUCAUUUCCCUUUGCAGGUUGUAAAGUGGAGAUUCUUAAGUGGAAAAACAGAUACUUUACAGAAUAAGGCCAUUUUGAAGCAGCAAAAAAUGAAAUAUUUUGACAAGUUAGUAGGGUGGUCCUGGCAGAAAGCUAAAGGCAGCCAUGGGUCCCAGCACCUUUCACUAGUCUGACCUGCUUCUUGAACUAAAGAGCAAACUAUAUUAAUCCCUUCCAUUUAUGUAACACUCUGGGUGACUGAUGACUUGAUGGGGAAAAUAAUCAAAAACCAGUGCAUUGUAUUAAUAGAUUAGGGCCCAUAGGAUCCUGGUUACAGUUCAUGUUGAUAGUAAUUCCCUCUGUAACCAAUGGGACAGUCAGCCACUGUCCCUUCUACGCACUUUCCUACUGCCUUAGCUAGUUGUGCCACUGUCUUGCUUCUAUAGUGACUUGGCAAGGUUAAGCCACCUCAACUUCAGUUCUGGUGGGAGAGACCUGCUCCCUGGGCCCUGCCAGCUCAUCACCCUGUCCUGGGCUGAGCAGCCUGGCAUCAGGAAUGGUCCCAAGUGCUUGCUUUCAAGGAAGCUGUCCCAUAAGUGAGGAGAGUAACUUAAUGGAGUAAUUAUUCUACUCUUUUUACAUGCAGAAAUGUUUAUUUAAAUAUUUUAAAUAGGAUUUUCUUUGACAGAUACUAAUUAUUCUUUCCAGUUCUUAAAUAAAACUAUACUUGAUUUCACUAUG